GUUUGAGUAGUCCACAUUUUGGACUGAAAACAGCAUCAUGGGUCUCUUAUCAAGUUUCUGUCAUGGGAUUCGGAGUUGUGGAGCAAGUGAAAACUUUCUCGGUGACACCACACAGACCUCAAGACUAUGAGAUCGUUGGAUCUUCUCUCAAAGAAUUGAGUGAGUUUGCUCUAAAGCUGUCUAAACUGAAUUCAGUUUCCUACACCACUGGUGUGGAGCAACCUGAGAAGACACCAUGGGUAGAAUCUGGGACCACUAGGCCAGACCUUCCACUGAUCACAUCUCGACAGCUGCAUUUCCUGCCCAAGACAAACGUACCUGCCAAGAGGCAGGCGUGGGUGGAGACCAUGGAUACGAUCAACGGGGAACUUGUUGGCCUGGUCGAUCUGCACCCUCGUGUCUUUGCCUUCUCCCCUCACAUGAGUAUCAUCCAUCAGAAUGUGGAAUGGCAGCUCAAGUAUCAGAAAGUGAGGUGGGAGACAGCCAAGAGUCGUGCUGAGAUGCCUGGAGGGGGAAGGAAGCCCUGGCCACAGAAAGGUACUGGAAGAGCUAGACACGGUUCCAUACGUUCUCCCCUGUGGAUCAAUGGUGGAUCUGCUCAUGGACCUAGAGGACCAGAGUCUUGGUUCUACAUGCUUCCUCGACACAUGCGAGUCAAUGGACUAACUGCCGUGCUUUCCACAAAAUUUGCUCAGGAUGACCUGAAGAUCGUGGACAACCUAAAUAUUCCUACAGAUGACCAGCAGUACUUAGGAGAUCUUUUAGAAUCCAGGCAUUGGGGGAUUUCUGCCCUGAUUGUGGAUGAGUACGGAGCCAUUUUUACAGACAUCUUCCCGCUCAACAUUGCAAAAGCAGCCAGCACAAGGAAAGGUGUCACUUUAAUGCCCCUCUAUGGUUUGAAUGUGUACAGUAUGCUGAAGCAUGAGACACUCGUGCUCACGCUGGCGGCACUGGAUCGGCUCGAAGAACGGAUCCUUCGUAACAUCCAUACCAUCUUUCCGAUGCAGGGCAACUUGAAGUUUCGUUAUUGUGACGUCAGGGACGGGAGUGGAGGUGGAGAACCCGUGACUCGAUUUGUCGAACAUCCCCCUCAUCGCCUUGUCGGAGAACCUGGAACUCAUCUUCGAUUCCGGCUGGGAGAUUUCCAGCAGUCCACGCCUCGUGCUGUUGCUCGCCGAUCCCGUCUGCAGAAGACCACAGAAUUCUUUGACUCGGGCUGCACCAGUCCAGGCACAGCCUUUCAGGCCUCAGUAGAGACCUCAAGUACUCAUUCCUUUUGGGAGGCAACUGUGAUCCCCAAUACAACAGAAAAUGUGACCGUGAAGCCCUCGCCGAUCUACGAUGAGCAUUUCUGCAAGUGGAUCCUCUAUGAAGAAAUAUCAGAUUCUAGUGUGAGGAUAUGGGACCUCAUUAUUCUUAUCCCAAAUGUGCUGUUCCUGGUUUUCCUGAUGGUCUACUUCAAGCAAGCUCGACUGAAACUCAGGGCUACCAACAGUCCCAUCUUUCUCACGUUUUAUGCUCUGGUGGUGAUGAACGUGAUGGCAAGUCUCCUACGAUGUGUAGUGUCGAUGACCGUGAAUGCUGCAGUCACGUUUGGUGACUAUGUGGACAAGAUCCUCUAUGUUAUUGUCCGUUUCUUCCUCCUUUCCACUGAGAUCAGUGUCCUCAUCUUUGGUCUUGCUUUUGGUCACCUAGACAGCCAAACAUCAAUCAGGCGAGUCCUGUUGGUGACCUCAGCUGUGUCGCUUGCAUUCUCAAUAACACAGGGUGUCCUGGAGAUCGCUGUCCCAGAUGAAAACUUCCACAUAGAGAAUAAGAAUUAUGAUAUCUUUGCUCACGGGGGAAUGAUCUUCUGGUGUGUCAGCUCUGUUCUCUUUGGCUUGGUUUACCUGUUGGUAUUCCUGCUGCGAUGGACUGGGCUGAGAGAUAGGAUGAGCCUGCCAACCAAGAAGUCCUUCUAUUAUUAUGUUGCGUUCUUGGCUCUGCUCAACAUUCUUCAAGCCAUCGGAGCUGGGCUCCUCCUGGACGACGUUGACGGGGGGCUUUGCAUCGUGGACAUCACCGCAUACGUCUAUUUCAGCCUCCUCACUCCGCUCGUGUAUCGGACCUUCCUCUCCGAGUUCUUUGGGUCUGCCCAACCGGCGAUCCUGUUCUCUUACAAGCCCCAGCAGGAUGAGACACUAGAAGAUGACCUCUCUCUCCCCCACCAGGCAUCCUUCUCCUCCCUCCGCUCUCCCAGUGGAGAUCUUAUCUUCCAGUCCCUGCCACCCGGUCCCAUGAGCUACGAGUACGACAGUACCGUGAUCGAUACCCCGGUGAAUCCCCUGUAUGCAGCAAGUCUUCAGAGCCCCGAUGCAGCCACCUUUGCGUACAGCAUCAACCGUGGAUCUCGAAUGGAAAACGUUUAAUGGCGACCAGCAUCGUCGGGUGCUCAAGUG